AUUGGCGCAAUGGAAGCCGAGCUAGGUCAAGCGUUGCUUUAAGCCGCGUAGCAGCAUGACGUUUUGGGCAUUCUUUCAAUGGCGAGAUAGAAGAGAGGAUGGAGGAGAUUCCCCAGCUAAGAAGGAUGAACAGGGAAAGCACAUAAUUAUCUGCUGAAAUGGAACAAUACCGGUUUUAAUGGUUAGAUGAGUAAUACGAAGAGGGCGUUUUAAGAGGAAGGUACAUUAAAACUGCUGUGUUACUACGUGUGCAGUCAGUCACACAGCAGGGAGGAAAGGGGGUCUUGUCUAUAAUGACAGAGAAAUCCGAGCAUUCUGGAGGUGCCUGGAUUCGGGAAACAAGAUUGCUUUAGAGAGACCCUUUAAGAAUAAGCGGUGAAACCGAAAAAGUUGGCUUUAUUGUUGAGAAUGGCUGGACGAAGCUGCAGAUCAUGGUUCAGUGUGCUUUUGGGGCUGGUGGUCGGGUUUACCCUGGCUUCCUUUGUAAUCUUGCCAAGGGCCACAGAGCUGAAGAACGCCGGACACAAGCGAGCGAGUACGGGCGGCUGCGGGCUGCAACGGGGUCUGCGCAGAGAGUACAGCGGCGCACAAGUUUGGCAACCGCAACAAGAUAACAGAUUGCUGUCAACAGACAAACCGGUGCCCAGAUCUAAGAAUUUCCUCUUUGUCGGCGUAAUGACAGCACAGAAGUAUCUGGAUAACCGGGUAGUAGCUGCUCAUAGGACCUGGGCUCAGACAAUCCCUGGCAAGGUGGUGUUUUUCUCCAGCGAAGGCUCAGACUUGUCCUUGCCCAUCCCCGUUGUAGCGCUGGAGCAUGUGGACGACUCAUACCCGCCCCAGAAGAAGUCCUUCAUGAUGAUCAAGUACAUGCAUGACCACUUCCUGAACCAGUACGAGUGGUUCAUGAGGGCAGACGACGACGUCUACAUCAAGAGCGACCGGCUGGAGAGCUUCCUGCGCAGCCUCAACAGCAGCGAGGCUCUCUUCCUGGGGCAGACUGGCAUGGGCGCCAGGGACGAGCUGGGGAAGCUGGCGCUCGAGCCGGGAGAGAACUUCUGCAUGGGUGGCCCGGGCGUGAUCAUGAGCAGAGAGGUGCUGCGGAGGAUGGUGCCCCACAUCAAGACCUGCCUGCAGGAGAUGUACACCACGCAUGAGGACGUGGAGGUGGGCCGCUGUGUCAGGAGGUUCGCAGGAGUGCAGUGCGCUUGGUCUUACGAGAUGCAGCAGUUGUUCUAUGAAAACUACGAACCCAACAAGAAAGGCUACAUCCGAGACCUGCACAACAGCAAGAUUCACCGAGCCAUGACUCUCCACCCGAACAAGAACCCGCCCUACCAGUACCGUCUUCACAGCUACAUGCUGAGCCGCAAGAUAUCCGAGCUUCGCCACCGCACCAUCCAGCUACACCGCGAGAUUGUCCAGAUGAGCAAAUACAGCAACACGGAGGUCCACAAGGAUGACCUGCAGCUGGGAAUCCCACCCUCCUUCAUGCGCUUUCACCCCCACCAGCGCGAGGACAUUCUGGAGUGGGAGUUCCUGACUGGGAAGUACAUUUAUUCAGCAGCAGACGGGCAGCCUCCCCGGAGAGGGAUGGACUCCUCUCAGAAGAUUGCCUUGGACGACAUUGUCAUGCAGGUUAUGGAAAUGAUCAAUGCCAACGCCAAGACCAGGGGAAGGGUCAUUGACUUCAAAGAGAUCCAGUAUGGCUACCGCCGAGUCAACCCUAUGUACGGAGCCGAGUACGUCUUGGAUCUGCUCCUGCUCUACAAAAAGCACAAGGGAAAGGCAAUGACUGUCCCGGUGAGGAGACAUGCCUACCUGCAGCAGACCUUCAGCAAGAUACAGUUUACAGAAGAGGAGGAGCUAGAUGCCAGAGAAUUGGCCAGCAGAAUCAACCAAGACUCCGGCUCCUUGUCAUUCCUCUCCAACUCCUUGAAGAUGUUGGUUCCUUUCAAACUUGGCGGCACGAACGCAGAGUACAAAGAGCCCAAAGAGACGAAAAUCAACAUUUUGGUCCCGCUUUCAGGGCGUUACGAAAUAUUUGUCAGAUUCAUGGCGAACUUUGAGAAAACUUGCCUUAUCCCGAAUCAGAAUGUCAAAUUGCUGCUUCUGCUUUUCAGCACAGACAAUACCGAAAAGAUGAAACAGGUCGAGUUGAUGAGAGAAUAUCAUAUGAAGUAUCCAAAGGCUGACAUGGAGAUCAAGUCAGUGUCUGGUCCCUUUUCCAGAGCCCUGGCUCUGGAAGUUGGCUCUUCCCGUUUUUCUAACGAGUCUUUGCUUUUCUACUGUGACGUAGACCUUUUGUUUACGGCAGACUUCAUAAAAAGAUGUAGAAGCAAUACAAUAUUAGGAGAGCAGUCCUAUUUCCCAAUCAUCUUUAGCCAGUACGAUCCAAAGGUUGUCUAUGCUGGAAAAGUCCAAAGUGACAACCAUUAUGUUUUCACUCUCAAAACUGGUUUGUGGAGGCACUAUGGGUUUGGCAUUACCUGUGUUUAUAAAGGUGACCUAGUUCAGGCUGGAGGCUUUGACGUCGGCAUCCAGGGAUGGGGUUUAGAAGAUGUGGACCUUUUUAACAAAUUUGUCCAAUCGGGCAUUAAAAUAUUUAGGAGCACGGACAUUGGUAUUGUGCAUGUUCACCAUGCGGUCAUAUGUGACCCCAAUCUUGAUCCAAAACAGUAUAAAAUGUGCUUGGGAUCCAAAGCCUCAUCGCAUGGGUCAACACAGCAGCUGGCUGAACUGUGGCUUGAAAAAAAUGACCCCAGCUUUCGGAGAGUCAGCAAUAAUAAUAAUGGAUCAGCGAAGACAUCAUGAACAAGCUUGACUGGUUUUUAACUACCUAAUUUAUUUUUACAAUAAAAAAAAAAAAAAAAAUGUUCUAACAAAGACAGACUUUUUCAAGAUGAGAUUUUUGAACAAAACAAACAAAAAAAAAAAAAAAACAGGUUUUUGUUUUCUUGUGGCUGAGCCUAAACCAAUGUAAAUGUGCAUUGUUUUUUUUUAAAGCAAUGGAAUGGGAACUAUGAACAAAUAGAGGGGUUAUGUUUUUAUACUUGUAUUCCUAGCAUAUUAAGAAUAUCCAGAAAGCUUAAAUAUUGAAGAUACUGUGACAGUAUUGUGCUAUCAGUGUCUAUCAAGAUUGUUCAAGUAAUGGAGACUACAGUACUUGUUGUGUUUGAAUGAUGUUCUGGACUCGGGAGUGUGUAUGUAAACUGGCUGUGAAACCUUUUUUUGUUUUAAUUGGGCAUAAAAAGUGGAUAAGUCUUGAAUUUUGCGCAAUGGUAUGAGGCUAAAUUUGUAAUGUUUAUGGUUUACAGGAAGGUGCAUGAAGACACAAAAUAAUUCACAGGGUUGAGAAUUGCAGAAAGAAAACCAUAAUAGCAAGCCAUAGAUUUGUGUGUGUUUUUUUCUUAAAAUUGAGAGUAACACUGAACAUGCUAUUUAAGUACUUUUUAAAUUUUAUGUUGUUCAUUUGAAGUACAUUUUUAAGAAAUGUUUUUCUUCCUCAGUCACCUGCUGGAUUUUAAAAUGUCUGCAUUAUUAAAUGCUGACUGUGUCUAAUUUAUUGAAUAUUCAUUCACUUUUUGUUUUCUGUUAUCAGAUCAUUGGUUUAUGUAUUGUUACUUGUGUAUUUUAGAAGGAUUUUAUGACCUUCGUUGUCAGUCACUCUUUCGGGUAGCCUACUUUUUUUUCUUUUUACUUUUUUCAGAGUAAAUUGAUUUCCAAAGUGUUUUUGCACAGUUGCUUCUUUGUUUGACUUUCUGCGUCUGUGCAUACCCUGCUAAUGAAGGUACAUAACCUCCAGAACAGGAUAUACUGCAGAUACACAGCAAACGGAGAAACAUACUGUACAACCUUGUGUAUGAAACACAGAGGAGUCUGACCAAGGGACUGGAGUCCAAAUACUCCAUAGCUGUCUGUGUGGAUUAGGACUAUUCUACAGUUUGUUUAUACAGUAAUCCACCUGACUGUGUUUAGUGUGUUUUCUGUGCUUUACACUUGGGUUUAUACAGUGAAGACCAAUCUCCCACCAUAGCCUUUUUUUUACUUCUAUAGGGCUUUUGUUUUCAAUAUGUUCAAACCUUGUUCCAAUGGGUAUGGUUUUAUAUUUAAGGAAUAAAAUUAUUUUACAAAACCACA